CAGUCAGGCAGAAUAGGGUGGGACAAACUGGGACUAACCCACAGGACUCAACCACGCCUUCUUUCCCGCCACGCCCGCACUGAGGCUGCGCAGGCCUUUUACGACGGGCCGGAAAGCAGCAGUCGCCGAGGGAUUACGCGGACCCAGCAGCAAUGGGGAAAAUCGCGCUGCAGCUGAAGGCCACGCUGGAGAACGUCACCAAUCUUCGGCCAGUGGGCGAGGACUUCCGGUGGUACCUGAAGAUGAAAUGUGGCAACUGUGGUGAGAUUUCAGAGAAGUGGCAAUAUAUCCGGCUGAUGGACAGUGUGGCACUGAAAGGAGGCCGUGGCAGUGCUUCCAUGGUCCAGAAGUGUAAGCUGUGUGCACGAGAAAACUCCAUUGAGAUUUUGAGCAACACCAUCAAGUCUUACAAUGCUGAAGACAAUGAGAAGUUCAAGACAAUAGUAGAGUUUGAGUGUCGGGGCCUUGAACCAUUUGACUUCCAGCCCCAGGCUGGGUUUGUGGCUGAGGGUGUGGAGUCAGGGACAGUCUUCAAUGAUAUUAAUCUGCAAGAAAAGGACUGGACAGACUAUGAUGAAAAAGCUCAGGAGUCUGUGGGAAUCUACGAGGUCACUCACCAGUUCGUGAAGUGCUGAACCUUCUUCCUGCAAACUUGCCCAAAGAACUGAUAGAGACAAAGUGCCCCAAGAAGCAGCCCCCAUGGAGGCGUGUCCCCUCAUCCCUCAUCUCCUAACAGCUGUAUGAAGCCCCUUUUGGGCUUUGUCAUCCCACCAAUAAAUCCCCUGAUGAAUGAAGAUAGAGCUGAGCCACCAGCCACUCCCUCCACAAAUAGGAAUGGACUCCGGAGCUCUUUGCUUCCUGGUACCCUGUACCAGAUCCAAUUUGCAAAAUAUGUUAGAGCCUAUAAGGGCUCUCUAGUUCUUGGGGAGUAGGUAAGUGAACUCACAGGAUCAAAGGCAUGAAUUUCAGUGGCACAAAGGAGAGAGAAGCCUGUGGAAUGGAGUCAUGAGCCCAGCAGUACCGAGCUAAAAUACUGCCUUGAUCACUGUGGCUCUCCAGUAAAGCCAGGCAUUUCUUUUAGCUCCUCUCUUCACAUCUAGAUCUCCAGAGGUUUGCAGCCCUUUUCUGGCAGGUAUCCAUCCGCCCCGUGGAAGUCCUGGCUGAUGGUCAGUCUCUUUCUCACUUGUUAUGAUAGGGUACUUCCUGUCAGAAGAGUCAGUAUGAAAGUUCCUCCUUAUGCUAAGUUAGUUUCUAUGUUCCCUGAAGCACCUUGCUGGGCCCACUUGUCCUCUGUGGCUACACCUAUGUGUUUUGCUUCCAGACAACCCUUUGGAGUGGUUAGGACAGGAGGCAUGACUUGCUGAGUCUUGUGGGCCUUGGUUCCAUGGGACCAGAGGUUCCCACAUAGUGGACAAAAUUGUUGAGUGUACUGCAGGGUCAUGAGGAUGCUCAUUUCUUCAUACUUGGAAACCCACCAUUUGGAAAACCUUUUGCCACAGACUAAUAAUCUGCUAGAGCCUAAAAAAAUUUUUUUAAAUUA